GAGUCAAAAAGAAUCGCUAGAGCGAACCAGUUUGUCGAUGAGAAAUUAUUGUGUGUUGCUUCAUUGUGCUCAUUCAUAGUCAGUAAUUCAAAGCGAUCAGUUGGUUUUUUUUUCAUUCGUUUUUUCAUUCAUUUUAUUCGUUCGAAGCACACACAUAUUCAUGGACGGUGGAAUUUCACCUUUGGCUUCGAAAUAUCAUCACGAUACAGCGUGUUCAAAUAUCGAAUAAGAAAAAAGUUUGUGUUUGCAAUGAACGAUUGAACGAUUUGUGCUGUUUAUAUUCAUUUUCUGUGUUCGAUGUGCAACUGUGGUAUGUGAACUUGCAGCUGUAUUGUGACUAGAAUGUAAAAUGCGAACAAACUGAAACGAUUCAACGCGACGAAGGAGAACAAAGUACAUCGUUUACCUGGUUUUACCCGGAGACGAGAUUUUUUUUUUAAACAACAACGAAACACCACAAAGAGAAACAACAACAAAACACUCUCUCAUAUGCAACAGUUCUUUAUGUGCUUCGAUCGAUUCAGUGUGUUUCUUUGUUAUGUUCGAUUCCAUUCGUGAAUGUUUUGCUAGUUUUGACCGUGAUUGAUGACGAAAUCGAAUAAAUAAGCAUUUAUUUGAUUGAGACUAGUUUGGGCUACCGAACACACACUGGUCACUUUUGGCAUUUUCCAUAACGAUGCCUAGUGACAGUUGAAAUUGUGAAUGAACGCUGUUUUUGAACAUUGAAAUAAGUAUUCGUGUUGAAGUGAACACUAUUUGAACUGAGUCGAAGGACAACGACACAAUUCCGACGGAAAUAAAGAAUUUGGAGUGUUAUUUUGACUUAAGAGCUGAUGUUUUGAUUGAAAAAUUGGCAUUCAAUUCAAUUUUUGAGCUAAAAAUCAGUGGAAAUAUUGCCCUUUGGACUGAAAAUCACAAAAGCCCUUUGUCGACCGGUAAUCGUUGAAAAAAUUGAUGAAAAAUCGUUACUUGACUACAAAAUCUUAAAAAAUUGAUAUUCUUUGACAAGAAAAACACUCAAAAGAACCAAAUCUGACCGAAGUCUCGCUAAAAACUCAUGUUUCGACUUGGAAUUCGUGUGUUUUUUUUUUUUUGAAGAAAAUCAACCGAUUCGUGUGAAAAAUUGGGAAUAUUGUUGAAAAACCGAUAUUUCUUUACAUUCGAUAUGCUUGAGUUUUGAUUAAUAUCAACAAAACUACGAUAAAAUCAACUGAUACAUUCACAACCUUUAAUAAAUGUUCACAAUUCUCAACAAAUUGACCGAAGAACUCAUCGAAAAGGUGUUAAUCCACAGAAAAAUUGCAAUCGAACGCUAAUUUUUGGUCAAAAACGUCUAUUUUUGAAUGAACACAAAAGGAGCCGUUUGAAGAAUUUCAAAAAUUCGACCAAAAAAGACCAUUCGAAGUCGAAACCGUUGAUUAUUCACCAAAAAUUGUUUUGUUGAAUGCAAAAUCGAGGCGGAUCAAUCAAUAGAAUAGUAAAAUAGAGGCGGAUUCAAGUGUCAUAAAAAAUAAAAAUUCAGUGUGAGUGUUUUGUUGAAUCAGUGAAAUACAAAUUUACGGCCUAAUAAAAAAAAAGUUUCUUAGAAUUUUCUGUUCGAAUAAAGAAAUGUUCCUGGAAUAAAAAUAAGAAAGAAAUCAAGCAUUUCAUUCCGAAAGAAAAGAUCAUCUAAAAAAAGAUUAUCAAGAAUCAAGUGAAGAAUAAAGAAACAAAAAAAAAACCCAAAUCGUGACUAAGGAAACAAUUGAACCGAACGUCGACGAAUCGGAUGAGCGAACCGAGAUUUGAACGAGAAGUGAGACGAAAAGAUUCAGUUUCGAUGAGAUAAUCACGGUGUUCCGACAAACGUUCAAAUCACGCAGUUUUCCAUCGAACUGCGGACGAAGUGCAGCUAACGGAUUGAAUUUUCGUGACGUCCAAACCAUUUGCAAAACGAGAAAAUGGGUCGAUUUUUCACGAGAUCAAUGAGCGCAAUUCAACCGUUCGCAUUUUUCGCACUAAUUCUGCUGGCAUCGUUGGUACAAGGCCAUGUAAUUCAGAAGAGACACGACAUCAUUGAAAGUGCCGCUUCAUUUGAUGACACAAAUUUAUCGAAUGGAAACGAAACUGUCGCCAUUCCAGAAGUGCCGGUUUUUCCCGACGGUGAUGUCGAUAGCGAUCAUAAUGCAAAAGAUGUGAUAAACAACGAAGAAAAUAACAAUGUGAAUGAGGUUCAAGAGUCAAAAGUGAGCAGCACAACCGAUGUAAAUAAUGGCAUCGAGCAAAAUUUCACCGGCCAUAUCAAUCAAACGGCAAACAACGAGGCAAUCGCCAAUUCACAAACCAGUUUUACCAAAGAUUUUAGUCAAGAUGAUUCCGUAGAAAAUAGAUUGCCAUCAAAACCUAGCGAUAAGUCAGCGUCAAAUACAAAAUCGGCUGCAAGAAUAUCAACCGUUUCACUGAAAGAAGCGACGCGAGCCGAUGAGAGUAAAGAGGCGCAUGCAAUGGUGCCAAUAUCGCGUAUUCCAUCAUCGGAUCCGUCCGAGAAGCCAAAGAGAGUCGACACAACAUUUGCGCGAUCAACUGAACGUGCUGUGGCUGAUGUGGAAAUCAGCACCGUUCCCGUGAGUCGUUCGACCGCUUCGAUUCUUUCGACCAUUCCGUUGGCGCCAAAAAUUUCUGCCACCGAGACGAUUCGAGCGCGCAUCUCCUCAAUUCCACCUGAGGUAGCUGAGAAACGUGCAAAGUAUCUGAGCGAGAAGGUCGAUUCGUCGUCGCCGUCUUCGGCUAAUAAUCCAGAGGCAUCGUGGUCGGAUCUGAAGACCGUUGGUGAGGUGCACCAUAACAAUGUGACGUUAGGCAAAUCUUUGGCUCAAGACGAGUCAAUCAAAUCAGUUAAUGGAAAACUUGACAGCGAAGAAGUGGCAGAGAAAGCCUCGGUAGAAACUUCAUCGACGGAAAAAAGUGUUGAUGAACAUGAAACACAAUUGCAAAAGUCAAAUUCAAGUCAAAUUGUUGAUGUUCCCGAUGAUAACUCGCUGAGCUCAUUUCAAUCGUCUUCGAAUCGACCAACGGUUCCUAUUAAUUCAAGAAAUCAACCCACUAAACCGACGGCUUUGAGUGACGUUGAUCGAAAGGUAGUAAGCAAAGAUGAAGACGACAAGAAAGAAGAAGUAGAAGCAGACAAUUCAAAGACAGAAAUUCCAAGCAGAGGAAGUUUGAGAACAAAAGCGCCCAACACAACCACUGAAAACACAAGAUUAAAUCCAAAGCCAGGCAAUGAACGCAUUAAAUCGAAUGAAGAAAUCGCAAACACGACCAAUGUACACAUAAAAUCGAACGCUGAAACUACGAAAGCAUUCGAAUUAGCCACAACAGUCGAUUCAAAACCAACAGAACCUGUUAAAAAUGAAGAAAGUACCGAAGAAUUGACGGAAAAGGCGACCGAAAAAGCUACUGAAAAAGACAUUUACACGACGACCGAAGAGGAAGAAGCCACAACGAUCGACGACGGAACGACGAUUUCCGAUGAACAUGAAGUCACAACAUUGAGCCACAUUCCGAAAGUGCGGCCAGCAAAAACUAAGGAAAAUUUUGUGGUUGAAACAACAACAACCGUACCGACGACUGAAACGACGGAAAUUCCAACGACAAUUUUCGUGACUACACCGAAAGACGAGGAGAAUAAAGUGCACCGUGAGCCGGUACAAGAAGUUACUCCAAAAGAAACUUCGGUGAAAACAACUGAGUCGACUUUGAAUACGAUGCCUGUGUUGAAUAAUGAAACUGAUUCGACGACACAAGCGGUGACGAAGCCUUCGACCCAUCCAACGAAACCAAUCGCAACAAAAACCACCACAACCGAAACAAAUCAACGAAUCAUUUUGCCGACGAACGAGAGCGAGCCAACUCAUAGCUCGUCUUCGACGACUCGCAGUUCAUUUUCAACGACUCAAAAGAGUGUUCCUCAGACAAUUUCCACCAACGUUCUUCAAGUGAAUGUGUCGACCGAGACUCCAUCGCCAAUCACACCGCGAAUCAUUAGCUUCGCAACCACAAGUGUACCAGGCGUUCGAAAAUCACCGGAUGCAACUUCACCACCAGAGCACCAAACAGAAGUGAAUCAAGGACAAGUUGGCGAACCAACCGAUGUGAAUGCAAUGAUCGCCAUUGGUAUCAGUGUGGUGGCGGUAGUCACGCUGAUUUUACUCGUUGGAUUUUUGGUUGUUAUGCGAAAACGUCAAAAGCAAUUGACCUACGGUCAACGAUGCCGUCCAAUUGGACUAGACGCAUACAGUUUGGAUAAUAUUUCGGUUUAUAACAGCGUGAGACGAAAGAGCGCCAUGCGAUCAUCGAAGAGAGCCUUUGGAAAUGCCGGUUUCGACGAUCCAGGAUUAAAGAAUAAUCCGCUGAACAUUUCACAGUUGGCAACGUUCUCACAAAAGCGCGUCUCCAUCAACGAAGAGUUUAAAGAGGUUCCAACGGUCACAGCACGCAUUGAAGAAGUUCCAAUCGGUUGCGAGGAUAAAAACAGAUACGCAAAUGUGGUGCCAUUGCCUGAGAGUCGGGUGCAUCUGAAGCGGCAAGAUGAUGACGAGAAGACGGAAUACAUCAAUGCAAACUUUGUAAAGGGGCCAAAAGACACUACCCAUUAUUACAUUGCCUGUCAAGCUCCGCUCGAGCACACCAUCACUGAUUUCUGGCGAAUGAUUUGGGAGCAAAAUUCUCGCGUUAUUAUCAUGGCCACGGAUUUAACUGAAAAUGGAAUCGAAAAAUGCGCCGAAUACCUCCCAUCGUCGUUUGUGAUCGACAAUCACGUCACAUUCGGUGACUAUCAAAUAACGCUGAAAAACCGCGAUGUUCGUGAUAAAUACGCUGUUUCGACCGUUCACUUGAAGAAUGCAUGCACCAAAACAUGGCGAGAAAUUACCCAUUUCUGGUAUCAAUGGCCGGAGAAUGGUGUGCCAACCGAUGAGGCCAGCGUGAUUGCGAUGCUGUUGGAAGCACGAAGCUUCUUGAAAAUGGUCACACCCGAACAAAGCGACGAAAACGGACAAGCCGAAAGUGAUCUCGAUGGCAAAAUGAGCAACGGCAAUCUGGAUAAAAGCAAAUCACUGCAGAGAGUUCAAGGGCCAUUGACAGUGCAUUGCUCGCCGGGAACUGGUCGUACGGGAACAAUCGUCGCAUGUGAUAUUGCAAUUAGAUCACUUGAGCAACCCACACGAAAUGUUGACGUACCGCAAAUCGUCUACUUCGUUCGAAGAGGUCGUGCCAGUGCCGUUCAGACACGCGAACAAUACGAAUUUAUCUAUAAAGUGGCUCAUGUAUAUGCAACGAAGUUAACGGGUCAAGCGUGUGACAAUUAGACCGUCGACAAGUAAUCGUUCCAACGAAGAGCUAAAAAGAUUGCUGAGGCAACCAAAAAUGUUCACAUCGAAUCGAAAAAUCGAUUCGUGGCCCGAAUUCUAAAUCGGGUGAUAAAGACGGAGCAAGGAUUGUUUUCAUAGAGAAACAAAAGCAAGCCGAUAAUUUCGUGGCAUCAAAAUAUUCGUCACCGACGACAAAAAACAAUUGAAUUCCACAAAGAAAUGGAUAAAAAGAGAAACCAAAAUUGCAUAGUUUAAGGCGAUUAAAGAAAAUGUAAAGAAAUAAUGACGACAAAACUAGGGACCAUAUUGUGAUACGUUAAACUGUAUAAAUUGGCUUGCACCAAGCGUGCACGGCAGCUUGUAAAUAUUGUAAAACUACUUGAAUUGGCUACUGAAAUGCCGUCAAGAUAAAAAAUGUAUUCGAAAUAGCGACGAUGGUCGAUUUUCAUGCAAUUCGAUCGAAACAUUGCACGAAUUGUUUGUAUAGGCUUUAAGUAAAUGGCUUGGCAGCAAUUGUAAUGUCAUACAAUUGAGCAGGUCGACGCCUGGUUGAUAUAUACGUAUCGUGCAAAUUAGUCGAAUUUAAUUGAAAGUUUCCAAAUAUUAUAGACCGUAAUUUAGACAAGUAUUCGCCGAUAGGACUCGAGAUUUGUGAAACCUUGAUCAAGCUUGCAUCAUUCCACUCAAAAUCAAUGAUAUAUUUUUUUAGUAGCAACUAUUUGAUGGAGACAUUUUACAUGAUCCAAACUAGAUAGACAUUCCAAACAUUGGAAUUUAAGCUGUUAUUGUGAACCCAUUUAAAUUGAGGGAAUGAAUCCCUGCAAAAAUAUGAAAAUAAAGUGAAACAUUUAGAACAAUA